GGCGCUGCUGGCAGCAGCCCCCGGCGAUCUGGUCGGGCAGCCCGUGAACGCCGUGUUGUGGCGACUCAUUGAGCUGGCCGAGGUGCUGGGGAGCUCUGUGGAGGCGGUGAUGGGGUUGGCCGCCAAGGCGCCCUGGCUGCUGUCUGCGGACCUGGGUCCGGUGGGGGUCACGGUGGCGGGGCUCGCUCGGGCGGCUGAGCAGCGGCUGCAUGUCCUGCGGCCUCGCACCCUCAUCUCGGCCGUCCUCCAGUGCAACCCCCACCUGCUGUGCAAGCAGGUGGCUGACAUGGAGGCGGUCAUGAGCCUGCUGGCCGAGCACCGCGAGGGCUCCUACGACGCCCGCAACCUAUGGAGCAUCCGCUACCACAUCAACUGGGCGCCCGAGCAGCUGGCCAGCUGGCUGCAGGCGGACGUGGAGCGGGUGCUGCGGAUCAAGUACAUGACGGAGGAGGUUCCUUCGCUCAAGCAGCAGUCCGAGUGCUACUCGGCCUGGCAAAGCCUGCUGCAUGAUCCCAUUCUGGCUCCAGACACGCACCCCGCCUUCGCACAGCCGGGCUUCAAGGCAUGGCUGGCAGGGCAGAUGCGGGACAGACAGCGAUCGGGCGGGUAGCUGCAGCAGCUGCAGCAGCAGCAGCAGGGCAGCGGCGGGGCGGAGUACCGUACUGGUGACGAAGAGUGAGUAAUGGUUAGAAGUAAUAGUUUUAUUGCAGUUGUAGGGACCUAUCCUAGCGUGUAGGCUUCUAUACACUACUUGGUUGCAGUUGUAUGUGCGGUGGGCGUGGGUACGUGCCAGCGGCCGGCAAGUGCGGUUGCCGGAUCGGUGGGUCGGUGGGUCGGCCUGACCCAGUUGUAUGUGCGGUGUGCGUGUCGAUUGCGGGAUGUGCGCAUCCAUUGUUGUAUACAUGACUCGGCACAUACAGCAAGACCAGAAAGCAUGCAGUGAGGGGUUGGCGCUUUACCGCCAUGUAUUGCGACCAUGUUUAUGUGUUUUAUUAUGCAUGCGUGCACGAUGAGGUCGAAAUCAAGAGGUCGUUACUCAGAACCCCGUGUAUGGCGUCUGUUCGUCUGCCUGCUUUCCGGAUCACACACCUGUAUUUGCUGUCCCGCAUUCAGGCCUCUUGCGUAUAGUAACCGUUGAUUUAUGGGGGGCAAUUGGCCACUCAUUAAAUAACUGUAUGGCUGAGUUGCCACGACUGGUGGGACGAACUGGGCGGACGAACUGUAGCAUCAGAGUAGCGCAGGGUGUGCCUCACAGUGAAUUAGCUGUCAAGGCAUGCACGUAGCGUGGGUUCCGUUGGUUUCAAAUAGCAUGCACGGGAUGUAUGUUGGUCGUCUUGGUGUGGCUAUACACGCACCGCUGGGUGUUAAUGUACGAUAGUACAACUCCGAUGCAUUGUACAAGUAGAUACAGGUGCUUGGUACUGCUACCCCAGUUGUGUGCCUUUUAUGUUUUAGUGUCUUAUCCUUCACUGCUGUUGCUGAGACCUAACGUAAACAGCAUACGGGUGUUAGGGCAUGCGGGCCGUUACAAGGUGCACAAGGAAACAGGAGCAAGGGAGGAGACGGUGUUAAACGUGGCGCUAAUGAGUGGGAUGAACUGGGGAGGCAGUCUCAUUUUAGGGCAGUAUGUUAUUACUUGCUAGGAUUACUAGCUUUUGAAAUGCGUGUGUAGAUUUGCGCUUGUCAGCUGCGGUGUAAGGAUACGCUACUGCUGUGCCGCGAGGGGCAUGAUGCUGCCGUUGUUGCCGAUUUGGCAGCGGGGCAGAUGAGGGGGCGCCGUGUGGAUUGCUUGGAUGGUAUUGUGUACCAACAUACAUACGCAGCGCCGUACGUUUGGGACGGCAUGCGUGGGGAGAUACACCUAUUGUACAGGUGAACACAGAAUAGAGCGCGUUGAUAGCUACUUGAGUUACGACACUUGUCGUCCGCUUGGCGUUCUGCAAUCCUCGUUGCAUGGCUAUGAUUGGUGUCUGCGAAAUAACGGUAAGUGGGUGCAGUGGGCGGCAGUGGAUGGGAGGCAACGUAUUGUACGAUUCGCAUCACGUCGUCGUGUGUACCGUAGCAGCACACAGGACAGAGGAUGGCGAGGAAGAGGAGUGGUCGUACACGGUAGGGGUGGCAGGAGCGAUGGCUAUAGUAGGGGUGGCGGUAGGGGAUGGGGAUCUAUCAGCGUGGGGCCGGGGACCGAAUCGGCUAGUCAGCUAGGGCGCGGGGGAGGUUACUGGGUGGAGGUAGCGGAGUGGGCUUGGCAAGCAUAGGGCUGGUGGGCUGUUCCAGACGUUUGGACAGGGCAGAUUUGGUGUAUGAGGACGGAGGCAGGCUUUGUUUGGGUCUUUGGAAGCUUCCGUGCAACAACGUGUUUGCGUACGAAGAAAGGGUGUGGCUAGGAUUGUGCGCCGUUGUCGUGUGCAAGUCGUGUUCCUAGGACCAACCGUCCAACGUAUAGCGGACGACAUGGUUGAGCUGCCCAUACCGCUGCACGACCUCUGCCUGCUAGCUCGGCGCCUCCAGACCGACCGCGCGUUCUUGCGGGCGCACGGCUGGCAUAAUGGUAACCUGGUCUCCGCGGAGGCUCUGAUCAGCGCCCUAGAGCCACCGCUGGUCCCAAGGGCCACCGUGCGUUACGGCCCCGACGACUACAGCAAGCAGCAGCUGCUUUGGCACCUGCACAACCUCACCCAGCACAACUGGGGGCACAGCUCGAGAGCCUACGUCACAGCCGACGACCUCAUUGCCGACCUGCUGCGACGCCUCAAGGCCCGGGCCGGCGGCAGCCUGCACUGGCCACAAUAUGCUCGUGAGCUGAGGGAGUACCUGCAAGGCUACGAGCGCGGGUGGCCGGUGGAUCCGCCAAAACUGUUCUCGUCGCUGGCGGGUGCUGGCGCAUCGGCGGCGGCCCCUCGGGGUGCGCCGCCGGCCGCGGCGGCGGCCACAGGGCAGCCGCCGCACGUGCCAGCCCUCGCUGGCGAUGGUCACGCGGCGCCGCCGGCAGCCCCCGUGCAAGGAGCCGUCCCCGCGUCCCCCGUCGCCCCCUUUUGAAAAGCGAACUCGCGGUCAAGUAGUGCCCAGGCUGUAUUAGUGCUGGCUUUGUUGUAGCUAGCGAAGCGUAGUGGAGGGAGGUAGUACAGUUGGGAUGCGUAUUACAUAUCAGUGUUGUGCGUAGAAGCGCCAGUUCGGCCCUUGGGCGUGCCUGUGUGCCCGUGGUUCGACGCGAGGUCUGGCGGUGCGUACCACUCAGGCGGUGCGUAAGACAAGAGGCGCACGGAAGCACGCCCCUCCGGUACGACACGGUAAAGCACCGCCAGGCGGUGCGGUGCCUGAGCUAGUGGAAACGGGAACAAGGGUCGUCAAGAGCAAGACCCUAGCUGCACCGCCAGCCUCCUCUAUCCCAACAAAUGCAUACAGGCGCUCCACAGGAC